AGGACUAUCUCGGCCCCUCCCGGAAACACCCGAAGGGACUUCUAGUUAACAAAUUACAGUUCGCGCUGCACCGACCUAACCCUGGGCAACGUCUCUGGGGCUGACCCUCGAGUUUAGGAGAGGUCUUUCCAGAGGGUGGUCCGAGAGGAGCACUCGUUCUUAGUUUCCCACUUGCCCCGACCCCCGGGCGCGAGGAAGUGGGCGGAGUCCGGUUUUGGCGCCAGCCAAGGCUGCUACGAAGCAGAAAAGCCUCCGCCGAGAGGACGCUGGUCUCCACCCUCUCCCCUCCUUCCCUCUCCCUCCCCUCGCGGGGCACCCGACGCCACGCCGCGAAUGCAAAAAAUGGGAAAGAAACAGAAUGGAAAAAGUAAAAAAGUCGAAGAGGCAGAGCCUGAAGAAUUUGUGGUGGAAAAAGUACUGGACCGACGUGUAGUGAAUGGGAAGGUGGAGUAUUUCCUCAAGUGGAAGGGAUUUACAGAUGCUGACAAUACUUGGGAACCUGAAGAAAAUUUAGAUUGUCCAGAGUUAAUUGAAGCAUUUCUUAAUUCUCAAAAAGCUGGUAAAGAGAAAGACGGUACAAAAAGAAAAUCUUUAUCGGACAGUGAAUCGGAUGAUAGCAAGUCAAAGAAGAAAAGAGAUGCUGCUGACAAACCAAGAGGCUUUGCCAGAGGCCUUGAUCCUGAAAGAAUAAUUGGUGCCACAGACAGCAGUGGAGAACUGAUGUUUCUCAUGAAAUGGAAAGAUUCAGAUGAGGCAGACUUGGUGCUGGCAAAAGAGGCAAAUAUGAAGUGUCCUCAAAUUGUAAUUGCUUUUUAUGAAGAGAGACUAACUUGGCAUUCUUGUCCAGAAGAUGAAGCUCAAUAAUUGUUUGCAUUGCUUUUUAUAUAUAUUUAUAUAUAUAUAUAAAAUCUGGGUCUUAGUUUUUGAUUUACUAGUGUGAAGAAAUAACUACAUUCUAAUGAAAAUCAAGUUUGAUGUGUUUGUUUUGAAAGUAGUAUUGGGGGAGUUGUUGAGUUCUUUUGCAUCAAUAGCACUGGUUACUUUGAACAAAUAAAUAAAAGCUUUCUGUAGUUGCCUCCUUUAUCAGAAAAGGACAUUUGAUUCCAUAGUAUAUUAUUUCCUCUGCAUUAGAGAACAUCUUUUCUAAAUGUUGGGGGAAAUUUCCAUAGUCAUUACUCAGUCAGAACUUAUGUUUAACUCAUAUGCCUAAGGACCAUUCUGGGUUUGUUUUUUUGUGUGUGUGUAUAAAAAAUACAUAUACAAAUGGCUUUUUUUGUUUAUUUGCUUUUAACAUUCACCAAAGCAAAAACCAUGGGGUAAGCUCACAUUUCUGAGAUGCCAUCAUUCUGAACAACCUAAGAAAUAAGUCACUUCAAGUUGAAUUUUUUCUGAAGCCAUAACCUUUCAAAUUAAAUAGAUGAUUCUGUAAUUGGAUAAUUUAAAAGCAGAUCCAUAUCAGAAUCCAUAUCUAUAUCUAUAAUUUAUAAGUGCAACCAUUUAUUUGCAAAAUUCGUCACUACCAACAACCUACCCAGAUGAGGAAACUGGACAAAUCCUGGUGUUUUAAUCAGCUAAGCAAGACUCAGUUAAAAGGACAUUUAAAGAUUCCUCUGGUGAGCCAUUCCUUUACAAAAAGUUGAAAUCCCUGUGUUGUAUUGACUAAAAGUUCAUGACUUAUGGAAUAUCUAAGACUUGGCUCAUGAAAACAUAGUCACGCGGUUAGAGAUGUUGGCACUUUAGCAUCUGCUGGCAUAAAUGGGUAGACAAACUUGUAAACCAAACUAUCAACCUGCAUGGUUUUUGUUUAUCCCUACUCAUUCCUUACAUGUAGGCUCAAAUCUUGCAGUAUUUGGGUUACUGGUUCAGCAGAAGCCAGGAAAACGAUAACUUUGUAGUAAUCAGAAUGUUACCCAACUGUAUAUUGUUUAUUGUAAAUACUGGUGAGCAGUGGUCAAUAAAUAGUUUUAUAUUCCUUUA